GGAACGGCGGUGGUUAACGGAGAGUUCAAGGAGCUGAGCCUGGAUGAUUUCAAAGGGAAAUACCUGGUUCUCUUCUUCUACCCCCUGGACUUCACCUUUGUCUGCCCCACAGAAAUUGUGGCUUUCAGCGACAAAGCAAAGGAGUUCCGUGAUGUGAACUGUGAAGUGGUGGCAGUGUCUGUGGAUUCUCAUUUUUGCCAUCUGGCCUGGAUAAAUACACCACGAAAGAGUGGUGGUUUGGGCAAAAUGAAUAUUCCAGUUCUGUCAGACCUCUCGAAACAAAUCUCCCGGGAUUACGGAGUGCUCCUGGAGGGACCUGGCAUAGCACUGAGAGGUCUCUUCAUCAUUGAUCCAAAUGGGAUCGUCAAGCAUCUGAGUAUCAACGAUCUCCCCGUUGGCCGUAGUGUGGAAGAGACUCUUCGCUUGGUGAAAGCAUUCCAGUUUGUGGAAACACAUGGAGAGGUUUGCCCGGCAAACUGGACUCCAGACUCCCCUACAAUCAAACCAACCCCAGAAGCUUCUAAAGAAUAUUUUGAGAAAGUGCAUAAAUAAAUACCCAAAUAUGUGGACAAAACUGUUGGUUACUAUAAACAGAAGACAUU